CCCAAUCAUUUUCGCACAAAAUUGAAAGGUCGAAAAAAGCAGCGACUGGUCAAUCAUUUCUGGAGUAGACGAAGAAUUCGUCUUCCUCCUCACUCCCUCCCGCCCUCCUUUCUUCUGUCAUGGUGACUUCUCUGGUCUUCUUGACCAGUUCGAUCUACAUAUAAAUUUGUAUGAUAUAUUCCUAUAAAUACGUAUAAUGAAUCUGACUUUUCCUGCGUAAAACCCAAAGCUUUCUGUUUUUGCUUGUAAAAGUUUUCGCAAGACUCUACCCUGCACCAACAACUCCAGUCAUGAAGAGAGGGAGCUUAAGCCCCAAUCUCAGGCUCUCUCUUCCUUCCGAAGAGGUGUCGUUCGCUAAGUUCCUAACUAAAAGCGGCACUUUUAUGGAUGGCGAUCUGCGGGUCAAUAAUUAUGGAGUUCGAAUUGUGUCUCAAAACGAAGAGGAGGCGCCACCCCCUAUAAAACCAUCAGAGUCAGACAAUCAGUUGAGCUUAGCUGAUAUAGACACAAUUAAAGUCAUUGGAAAGGGAAAUGGUGGAAUUGUGCAAUUGGUGCGGCACAAGUGGACUGGUCAGUUUUUUGCUCUGAAGGUCAUUCAGAUGAAUGUUCAGGAGUCCAUACGCAAGAAUAUCGCACAGGAACUGAAAAUUAAUCAAUCAUCGCAGUGUCCAUAUGUUGUCAUCUGUUACCAGUCUUUUUAUGAUAAUGGUGCAGUUUCAAUUAUAUUAGAGUACAUGGAUGGUGGAUCACUUUUAGAUUUUCUAAAGAAGGUCAAAACAAUCCCAGAGCCAUAUCUUGCUGCCAUUUGUAAGCAGGUCCUCAAGGGUUUGUUAUAUCUCCAUCAUGGAAAACACGUUAUCCAUAGAGACUUAAAACCUUCUAAUCUGUUGAUAAAUCAUACGGGGGAAGUCAAGAUAACUGAUUUUGGUGUUAGUGCGAUACUGGAGAGCACCUCUGGCCUGGCAAAUACUUUUAUUGGAACGUACAACUAUAUGUCUCCAGAGAGAAUUAGUGGAGGUCAGUAUAACUAUAAAAGUGACAUUUGGAGCUUGGGAUUAGUUUUGCUUGAGUGUGCAACAGGCCAGUUCCCAUAUUCCCCAGCAGAGCCAGGAAAAGGAUGGGACAGUGUAUUUGAGCUUAUGGAAGCUGUUGUUGAGCAACCUGUACCUUUUGCACCAGCUGACCAAUUUUCACCACAAUUUUGCUCUUUCAUUUCUGCAUGUGUGCAGAAAGACCCAAAAAAUAGACAGUCUGCUCAUGAACUUCUGACACAUCCUUUCAUCAACAUGUAUGAAGACUUGCAUGUUGAUCUUGAAUCUUACUUCACCAAUGCUGGAUCUCCACUUGCAACAUUUUAAUGAUUAAAUCUGAUUUUAUACUGCAAAAAAAAAAAAAAAAAAGGGUGGUAUGUGGAAUCCUUGAAGGUGUGCCGGGGCAAGGUCUAGCUGAACUUCAAUAUUCUGGCAAACAAUCCCUAGUUGUCAUAGUGACCAAACUACAAAAAAUGUCCAAGCUCCUUUUCUUUCAGCAUCAGCAGGAUUUGAGGAACCCAGUGCAUGAAGAUUUGAACCGCUAGGAGCUACUAGUUAUUAAGAAAUUGAUCAUUGCCCCGAGAGGUAAUGUUUGUAUUCUUGCUAGAGAUGUUUAGGAAUAAGUAUAUAAACCUGCAGGCAUGAUUAUUGUACUAAAUCUACACAAGAAACAUCCUAAAGGGAUGUUUAGUUUUGACUGCUUAGAUGAGUGGGUCUGUGUUCCCAAUAACCAUGUAAUUUUGACAUUGAUGAGUUAAUUUUGCUUUAAGCUAUGGGGAAGGCCCUAGCAGUUUGAGACUCAAUUUUUCGAAGAUAUAAAAUGGUUUAUGGAUUCUGAGUGAAA